AAGAGAAGCAAACCCACUCAGCUUUAUGGCUUGUAUUUUGUAAGUUUCUAAAGCAAAGCCAAUCCACAUGGCCCUCAAAUUUUUAGGUUCUUCCCAGCCACUAUUUAUUAUUAUUAUUUUUUUAUUUUUUUAUUUAUUUAUUUUUUGGUAUUUCCAAGUUGAAUUUGAAAACUUGCAUGUAUUGGAAUGAAAUCUAAAGUUUGAAUAACGCUAAAAAAUUCAAGAAUGGGUUCACAAGUAGACAAUGUCACUCUCUAACCUGAAGGACCAAAAUGUCAUUUUAGCCUCAUAUUUAAGCCAAAAACAAAAUUGAAAAUAAGUGGUAAGGUUUUAAUACAAAAAUAGACAAAAAAGCAGCCUACUUGUAACUCAAUACCAUUACCACCUUCAGUUUCUGCUUACACACCCCACAGAACUGAAACCUCAACAAACACAUGUCAAUAGAGUUCUGCUUCAGCUCAAGCUUCUUCUUCUUCUUCUUCUUCUUCUUCUUCCUCUUCAUGCUUAGUACCAAACUGAAAAAAUCUGCACAAACUAGGUCUUGAUAAGAUCGAUGAAGUGGAUGCAUAAUUGAAUUUCCAGUUUUCCACAAAGGAUUCAGCCUCUGGGUCUAUGUGUUUGAUAAGUAUUGGACAAGAUUCGGGGCAAAUUGUUUUCCUUAUUUUGAACAAUUAAAUUAGGAGCCAAAAAAAAAAAAGAAAAAAAGAAAUUCUACUGGGCUUUGUUUUGUUUUUGCAUUAGAGCUGAGAAAUCUUUCUGGGUUCUGUUUAAAAAAAAAAAAAAAAAAAGAAGAGAUUAUGGUAAUGGAGAUUGUGAUCUCAGUGAUACUUCUGUUUGUGGGUAUUGCUGUAUUGGUGGUGAUUCAUGUUUGUAUAGUUGGUAGAGCAUUUGGAAGAGGGAAUCAAGGUAUGGUGAACAUGGUGGUUCAAAGAAGCAGCAUUGGGAGCAAAAGAAUGUCAAACGAGGACUUGAAGAUGCUUCCUUGCUUUGAUUACGUGGAUGGAAGAGAUAAAGGGUCUAGUAGUAGCCCUGUGGAUUGUGCAGUUUGCUUAGAGAAUUUCAAGGAUGGUGAAAAGUGCAGGUUGCUGCCAAAUUGCAGGCACAGUUUUCAUGCUCUGUGCAUAGAUUCAUGGUUGUUGAAGACACCCAUUUGCCCAAUCUGUCGAACUUGUGCAAAUCCACCCAAAGUUGAUGUCAUUUUGGGAGAAGGAAGUAGUGUUUCAGGGCAAUAUGGAAUUGAAUUGACAUAAAAAAACAUUUGUGAUUGAUUCAGAACUGUUGUAUGUUUUUUUUUGCUCUUUUGUUUAUGUUCAAGUUUUUACUCUUCAAGAUCACAAUUUUGCAGGUGAAGCUUACUUUGCUUUGCUUUGAUUUUCUUCUUCUUAUU